AUGCGAUUAUGCAGUAAACAGUACCCAAGUGUUCGACGACACUUCGAAGGUGAUCCAGACGAAAAACAAAUGACAUUGGAUGAAUACAAAUCUCUGCGUGAAAGCAAAACAAAAGUAAACGCUGUUAAAGUUCCAACCGGCUACAUAUGGCAAGGAAUUCAACAGAUCAAUGAUAAUCAAUCAGCAGAUGAACACAAAGAAAGUUUACAAAACGAACAGUCAAAUAACAAGAGAAAGUUUAUCUCAAUUCCGUUGGUUUUCAAAUCAUUUAACUAUGAAACUCCAUACACAUCGGGCAGUGAACCACCCAAAUCCUAUCAAACAUCAUCUCAACACUCGAACCGUAAUGGACCACGGUGUGUUAGUCGCAAUGGACGAGAAUCUUGA